AUGCUCCGGAGCAUGGCUUCAUUGGCUAUACGCCAAGUGAUACAAACAAGAACCUUCGCUAGUCGUGUUCAGUUGCCGGCCGUUCCCGUUUUUACAUCCCACUCGGGUCGUAAUUUUUCACUCUUUGUACGACCGAAUAACGAUGCGGUUCCUUUCUUUCGUAAUACGAUCUCACGGCUACCGAACAACACAUGUUCCAUGGAACCGUCUACAUCCCUCCGGUUGCUUGAUGCCAUGGCAAUAUCCCCGGUGUUACAAACCCAACCUAGCCGUACAGUGAUUAAGUUUUCCUUGCGCAAAGGCAAAAGAAAGACGGUGAAAGCAGUGGUUAAACGAUUCAAACGACUAGAUUGGGGUGGUUGGAUACGGACCAUCUCCGGACGGCAUAAGAAAAUGUGGCGAAAGCGAGCGAGCCGCAAGCGUCGUCUACGGCAGCACGUUCUCGUCAAUGGGACGCAGGCUACGCUGCUGGAUAAGAUGGUUACCAAGUACUGGAAGCGACCCAGGUACUACAUCGACGAUCCGUACGCACCGUACCACACCAGGGAAGAAUUUGUGUACACUAGAAGGAAGCCACUGAAGUGA